UCGUAAACGGAAAUGAGAUACUAUACAAAGUGCUCAACAAGAUAGCAGAAUUAGCACAAGUAGAGUUUUUAUUCACAGUGGCUUUGCAAAACCGCUAUCGAACUGUGAUACUCAAAGUAAUUUUAAAAUCAAAUGUCUCACGCAAAGGUUCUUUCGUUGACGCUGCAAAAUGGCGGCCAACCGUUUGGAAGAAGUGUCAUUUGAUUCGACUAUAUAUGGCGUAAGCCUGGAAGCGGGUGGAACACGAAGUAGUUAUCCCCUACGUAUAUUACAUGUCGUUGUUUUACACGCGAAAACGUUAGCAAAAAAGGACGUAUUUGGACUUAGUGACCCUUAUUGUAAAAUAGUUGUGAAAAGUUAUGUGAAUGAUGAAAUUAUUGAUCAAUUCAAAACAUUAACCAUUAAAAAGACACUGGAUCCAAAAUGGCAACAGGGUUUUAAAAUUAGAGUUAAUCAACAUCAACACAAAUUGUUAUUUGAAGUCUUUGAUGAAAACAGACUGACAAGGGAUGAUUUUCUUGGACAAAUAGAAAUGCCACUAACUAACAUUCCGACUCAACAAGAAAACAUGGAUAUCAUUCCCAAAGAAUACAAUUUGAACAGAAGAAGUGAGCGAUCACGGGUAAAAGGAUCACUAGAAUUGCUACUUUACUUUAUGAGAGAUUUGGAUGAAGCAGAGCAUGCAAGCCACAUUGAUGAUAUCAGUGAUGUUUUUCAUGACAACGACCAAUCUUAUCCCCAAAUGUCAAGAACUAGUAUACAGCGCCGUUUGGGCUCAAUGCAUCGUGUUACUGUAAACAUGCCCGAUGUUGAGGAGCCUUCAGCACCCAUGCAGAUGCCUGACCUCCCCACAGGCUGGGAUGAAAGACAGGAUGCCAAUGGAAGAACAUAUUACAUCAACCAUCGUUCACGAACAACAUCAUGGACAAGACCAACUAUAACAGAAGAUGACGAAGAGCAUACUAUUUCAACAGCAAUGCCAAUACCAUCGGCCUCUUCUCCUGAACAACCUCGUUUCACUCAAAAUCAAUUCUCACUGCGACGUCACAUGAGUGUAGAGGAUGCAGAGGAUGCUCGACAUCAGGCUUUAGAGAUUGAGCCACUCCCUCCUGGCUGGGCUAUGCAGUAUACUGCUUCAGGGAGGCCAUUUUACAUUGACCACAAUACACAAACAACAACCUGGACUGAUCCCAGGCUUUCCAUGGACUUUCCAUCCGGUCGCUCACCUGAGGCGCCAGCUCCCAAAGUGGAUGCACCAGAUCUUGGACCGUUACCUGAUGGCUGGGAAGAGCGUAUGGAUACGGAGGGAAAGAAAUUCUACAUAGAUCAUAACACUCGCUCAACCCAAUGGGAAGAUCCAAGAUUACUGAAUGAAAAUACUCCAACCGAGGCUGUACCUUAUUCUCGAAGUUAUAAGAAGAAAUAUGAUCUUUUUCGAUCUCAGCUUAAAAGACCUAAAAAUAUUCCAAAUAAAUAUGACAUCAACGUACGACGUGAUCAUGUCUUGGAAGAUUCUUUCAGAGCUGUAUACCACGCUCCAAAUCCUGAUUAUCUGAAAACAAGACCUUGGGUGAUCUUUGAUCAGGAGGUCGGCCUGGAUUAUGGAGGGGUGCAGAGGGAAUGGUUUUAUUUAUUGUCGAAAGAAGUAUUCAAUCCUUACUAUGGCCUAUUUGAAUAUUCGGCAAAUGAUACAUACACACUUCAAAUCAACCCGAAUUCUGGAUUAUGUAACGAAGAGCACCUGAAAUAUUUUAAAUUCAUUGGGAGGAUAGCUGGAAUGGCUGUAUACCAUGGGAAAUUAUUGGAUGGUGGCCUUUUCAUCAGACCGUUUUAUAAAAUGAUGUUGGGGAAGAAGAUUGAUUUAAUUGACAUGGAGAGCGUUGAUACGGAAUACUACAACAGUUUACAGUGGAUUUUAGACAAUGAUGCUGAAGUUCUUGAUUUGACUUUCUCCGUUGAUGAGGAAGUGCUCGGACAUGUUCAGGUUGUUGAACUAACGCAUAAUGGAGCCAACAUAAAAUUGACAAAUUUGAAUAAGAUUGAAUACAUACGCUUAAUCAUAGCAUGGAGAUUUGUAAAUCGAGUCGAGAAACAGAUGAAGAAAUUUAUGGAGGGCUUUAACGAAUUGAUUCCUCAAAAUCAGAUAAAGAUGUUUGAUGAAAGAGAACUGGAAUUGUUGAUGUGUGGUGUUGCUAUGGUAGAUAUAGAAGACUGGCGAAAGAACACGAUAUACCGGGGGGAGUAUCAUGAUCAACAUUCCAUCAUUCAGUGGUUUUGGAAGGCAGUCCAGUCAUUCAACAUGGAAGACCGUACAUGCCUGCUACUUGUUACAGGCACCUCUCGUGUGCCAAUGAAUGGAUUCGCCGAGCUCUAUGGUAGCAAUGGACCUCAGAAAUUCACCAUUGAACCUUGGGGAAAACCACAUUCGCUGCCGCGAGCACAUACAUGCUUUAACCGACUCGAUCUACCAAAGUUUAGCAGCUAUCAUGAACUUAAAGAAAAAUUAAAACUCGCCAUCUAUAACACCGAAGGAUUUGAUGGUGUUGACUGACAGCUUUUUUGGUAGUAAAUAAAGCAUUUCUACAUUGUAAUCAUUACAGACGCAUUCGCAAAUUUAACGUCAAUUCGACCAAUUCAUCUCAUUAUAGACGGAUGGCUCGUAUUUAGUAUGCAACAGACCUCUACGCCAUAGAGCUAGCUGUGUGUAUUUUGCUUUCACUUUUUGCAUUUAUGCUUGUGCAUCGUUUUUUCACAAUGUGCAAAUCAGGUUAUGAAAAUUUUGCUUGGACUGUAAUUCACAGAUAAAAAUCCAAUGCUAGUGACAUUUGGUUUUACAAAUAUGAAACGAAUUAGAAAAAAUAUUAGUGUAUAUGUAUGUAAGUUAAUUAUUUGAGAUUAUCAUGUUUCUUCAGACAAGAAUAAAUCGAGUGAGUUUGUAUGAACAUUUUAUGGAGAACAGUUUAUGAUGAUGUGUUAUUCAGCAAAAAUAUUCGUUUUCUGUAUAAAACAAAGUUAACAAUAUAACAUACGUAGUGAUUUUUGACGUUUA